UAACUACACCACUGAUUAAAACAUCAACCGUCAAGAAUUCCUCCAUUAUUACUAGCAUAUCGCCAAGCCCAACAACAAAAACAUCUUCUGCAACUCCAACAAUGACUUCUCUAACACCUACAACAUUGAGAACAAACACACUUACCCCUACUCCUGGAUGUAAUUGUCAUUGGUCAGACUGGAAUGACUUUGGUGGACCAACAACAGGUCCUGAUGGUGGAGAAAUAGUUCCUAUGGGAAGUAUAAAUGACAAUUAUCACAGUGUUUGCUCAGUGUCAAAGGAGGUAGAAUGUCGUGCAAAAGAUUAUCCAGGAAUUCCUCUUUCACAGCUUGGCCAAACCGUGAAAUGCAAUAUGAAAGAUGGACUUGUUUGCUUAAAUAAACACCAAGGCCUAUCGCAACAGUGCUAUGACUAUGAGAUUAGAGUAUUCUGUUGUGAUGAAAAUUGUGGCAACAUCACAACACAGUCCUCAAGUAUAGCUGUUACAACAGUGUCAUCUGCAAGUGUACAUACAUCACCACGUCCCACAUCAACGGUCCAAAGUUCUUCCACCGUUACAAACAUAUUCACAGAUCUGUCAACAAGUUCUACUGCUUCACCUUCACCAACCUUUUCUGUCAAUAUGCCUAUACCAAGUGAUAGCAAAUCGACAACUACAGGAACAGCUUCAACAAAGAUGAUUGCUACGUCUUUGAUUUCUUCAACAAGCAUCUUUUUACGAAAAACGACAGCUCUGACCACUCAGAGUUCCCUAACUGGUAAAAGCUUACCUACAACUCCAACAAGAUUUCCCACAGAUACACCUUUACCAAGAUUUUCAACUGGCAUAACUACACCACUGAUUAAAACAUCAACCGUCAAGAAUUCCUCCAUUAUUACUAGCAUAUCGCCAAGCCCAACAACAAAAACAUCUUCUGCAACUCCAACAAUGACUUCUCUAACACCUACAACAUUGAGAACAAACACACUUACCCCUACUCCUGGAUGUAAUUGUCAUUGGUCAGACUGGAAUGACUUUGGUGGACCAACAACAGGUCCUGAGGGUGGAGAAAUAGUUCCUAUGGGAAGUAUAAAUGACAAUUAUCACAGUGUUUGCUCAGUGUCAAAGGAGGUAGAAUGUCGUGCAAAAGAUUAUCCAGGAAUUCCUCUUUCACAGCUUGGCCAAACCGUGAAAUGCAAUAUGAAAGAUGGACUUGUUUGCUUAAAUAAACUCCAAGGCCUAUCGCAACAGUGCUAUGACUAUGAGAUUAGAGUAUUCUGUUGUGAUGAAAAUUGUGGCAACAUCACAACACAGUCCUCAAGUAUAGCUGUUACAACAGUGUCAUCUGCAAGUGUAAAUACAUCACCACGUCCCACAUCAACGGUCCAAAGUUCUUCCACCGUUACAAACAUAUUCACAGAUCUGUCAACAAGUUCUACUGCUUCACCUUCACCAACCUUUUCUGUCAAUAUGCCUAUACCAAGUGAUAGCAAAUCGACAACUACAGGAACAGCUUCAACAAAGAUGAUUGCUACGUCUUUGAUUUCUUCAACAAGCAUCUUUUUCUACGAAAACGACAGCUCUGACCAUUCAGAGUUCCUAACUGUCCUCAAGUAUAGCUGUUACAACAGUGUCAUCUGCAAGUGUAAAUACAUCACCACGUCCCACAUCAACGGUCCAAAGUUCUUCCACCGUUACAAACAUAUUCACAGAUCUGUCAACAAGUUCUACUGCUUCACCUUCACCAACCUUUUCUGUCAAUAUGCCUAUACCAAGUGA